UCAGGAAGACUCUGCAGUUCCUCUAUCCAGAUGCUGCUGCAGCUGUAGCUGGACUCAAGAACUGAAGGGGGGGUGGAACCGCAGGAGAAGACUGGGUGUGAAAGAUAACUUUGUAGUUGUCCAAAAUGGAGAAGCAUUCCACCACUGCAAUACCACUUACUUCAGCUCUACCUAACAAGAAGCAGACCGUGUGUAUUUUUGGAACAGGAGAUUUUGGAAGAUCUCUAGGACAUAAGAUGAUGCAGUGUGGCUAUACUAUAGUAUACGGAAGCCGAAAUCCUGAGAAUUCCAAACUGAUUCCUCAAGGAGCCACGGUGUUAUCCCAUGCAGAAGCAGCAGAGACCUCUGACAUCAUCAUCCUAGCAAUUCACAGACUAUAUUAUGACUUUCUGGGAAAGCUGAAGGAAACUCUCGGUGGGAAAGUGCUGGUGGAUGUUAGCAACAACCUCAAAAUAAACCAGUAUCCUGAGACCAAUGCUGAAUAUCUUGCCCAGCUGUUACCAGAGAGUAAGGUGGUAAAAGCAUUUAACACAGUGUCAGCGUGGGCUCUACAAUCAGGAGCACUGGAUGCAAGCAGACAGGUGUUUGUCUGUGGCAAUGACAGCAAAUCAAAAGAAAAGGUGAUGGAUAUUGUUCGAAGCCUUGGUCUCACUCCGUUGGAUAAGGGAUCGCUCUUAGCAGCCAAAGAAAUCGAAGAUUAUCCUCUGCAGCUCUUCCCUAUGUGGAAGUACCCCAUUUAUCUGUCCCUGGGCCUCGCGGCAUUUCUUUUCAUCUACUGUCUAAUCCGUGAUGUAGUCUACAGUUAUGUUACGAGAAACAAAGACGUUUCCUUUUUCAUAGCUAUUAGUAUUCCAAACCGGGUCUGCCCUGUUGUGGCACUGAUCCUUCUUGCUGUGGUUUACUUGGCUGGGAUCUUUGCAGCUAUUCUUCAGUUAUACAGAGGGACAAAAUACAGGCGCUUCCCAGACUGGCUGGACAAGUGGAUGCUCUGCAGAAAACAGCUGGGCCUGGUUGCCUUGGCUUUUGCUUUCCUACAUGUUUUGUAUACGCUUGUCAUUCCUAUACGCCAUUAUGUAAGAUGGAAGCUCAGCUCUAAUCUUAUCCAACAGGUAUCUAAAAAUGAAACCCAUCCACUUAAUACUGAACGUGCCUGGAUUAGUGACUCAUAUGUCGCUUUAGGUAUCUUGGGCUUCUUCCUGUUUGUCCUGCUUGGGAUCACAUCCUUGCCCUCUGUCGCCAACAGUGUCAACUGGAGAGAGUUUCGGUUUGUCCAGUCCUACCUUGGCUACCUGACACUGGUUCUGUGCACUGCCCAUGCACUGCUGUAUGGUGGAAGGAGGUUUUUGUACACUGGUUCAUAUCCAUGGGGGCUCCCUUCUGCUUACAUCCUCUCUCUCAUUAUCCCUUGCAUUGUGUUGGUAAUGAAGUUUUUUCUGAUAUUUCCAUGCAUAGACAGACCACUCACCGCAAUUCGACAGGGCUGGGAGAGGAAACCCAAACACCUGUAUGAGCCACACAAACUUAGCGGGUCCUCUGUAUGAAUUCUUAGCCAAUGUACUGUGACUUGUAUAUAAGUGUAAAUAUCUAAAAAUGGCCAAGGAGUGGGCAACUGAGACACGCUUAAAAUGGCCCCAAAUCAUGAACACCAUAAUUACUCUGUAACCUAAAGACAACAAUUCUUGGCAUCACUUAAAUGAUCAUCUUCUAGUUUCCAUUCUGCCACAGAGAAUGUAUGUUUCUUCCUACAUCUGGCAUUGGAGGAAGCAGUUAUAACUGUUUCUUACCUUUCAGCUCACAUAGAUAGAAAACCACAUUGCACUAUUUUGAGAUUCUAUUAUUUUUUUUAAAAAAAGUUAAAAAUAUAUUUUUAUGUUCAUUCUACCUGUUAUUAAUCCAACUCCUGUUGCAUAAUUAUAUAUUACUUUUCUUCCCAUCAUCCCCUUACUGUUCUGGCUGGUACUGGAGCCGUUUCCCUGAUGUAGCUAGGCAAGUACUAGAGAAUCUAUUUCCUAGCCGUUCUCUGGCACCCCUUUCUGAUGCACCCAGGGCGCUGCAGCUUGGUCACUCUGGGAAUGUGGUUCUAUGCUGCCGGUCAUUAUCAUCCAGGCAUCCAGCCUUUCAGAUAUGCCAAAAAGAGCAUUCAAAGUGUCAGGGGAACGAGAUAUUUUGCCCACAGCUGUCUCCUACUUGGCCUGGCCAGCAGCAGUGAUAAACAUGACAGCAGCCCCAGACAAUAUACAACAAAUAGGGAGGGGGGCAGAUAAACAUUCCCUGCCAGUUGCAGUAUCUCUUCCCCCAUUCCUGACUACUGUGAACUCUAAACCAGACUGCCAGUUGCCAGAGCAAUGAAGGGAACCUAAUAUUACCAAAUGCCAUUAAUUUUGUACUAUUAUCAGUAUAAUGAGUAUAUAAUGACUUCAUUAUUUGAUUUGUUGCUGUGCAAAUUCAUGUCCCUGUAUUGAAGUUGAGCAUCGUAUUUAAAAACUAAGCAUGUCAGUUAUGAAUGCUUAUGAGCUGAAGGGCCAUAACAACAAUAAUUUUGAAUUAUGACUUCUAUUCUGCUCCUUUUCAGAUUCACAUUCUUGUCUUAAUAAAAGCACUUCAGCCAUUGCACAACUGGCAAUGGCUCCUCAAAAUAUUUGUAUAAGCAUGUUAUGUGAAAUAUCUACACAUGCAUAAAUAGGAAAUCCCUUUUUAUAAAGGAAUUUUGUUACAUUUCAGGCUGGCUAUGGCUUUAUGGUGGGUUUAGGGGGUGUAGUCUUACACAGUGCAUUUCCUGUAAAUGGAUAGCCAGGGGAAUAUGAUUUUCACGACUAUUACAACCUACAGCUGUGAAUGAAAGCAGAACUUCUAACUACACAUUUGUAACAAUGAAUGGGAGAGAGGU